GCAGAUAUUAUGUUAUUGACGUGGGUAGCAUCACUGAACUGCCCUUCUUAUGCUGAUGUAGUGAUGGCGUGGUGAUGGCUCGGUGACUGUGGAAUAGCGGACUGGCACAGCGGCAGUGUGUUCGGCAAGCGACGAGUGCAGGAAGCGUCCUGUGUAUACUGUGGAGGACACGGAUUGUGAAAGACUGCACUACAUUACCAAUACGCCGGAAUCGCAGGAACCGUCUACAGGACUUGUUGUGCAGCAAUGUCGACGUCCACCCACAUGUCCAGCAAGCAAAUCACCAGUCAGGGAGAUGGCCAUCUUUCCGACGACAGCUGUCAGACAGCACAGCAAGAUCAGGGCGGUGGCAGCAGCGUACUAAGCCAUCUAAGCAGCAGCAGCAGCAGUAGUAACUCAAUGUUGUCCUCAGCUGGACUGUCCGCAGCUACCAUCAGUGAUAGUACCCAUGGCGCAGGGUGUGCUGAACUAUCAGCAGCUGAUUCUCCACGGCGCGGCGCCACCAACGUCGCGACAGCAACCACUGAUCCACACAGCGCUCCUACCAAACUACUCGUUGACCCGAUGGGGCAGAAUGCGGCCGCUCGCCACACCACACACGCAAGCGUGAUACACACGGAGAAAAAGUCUAACGUCGCAGGGCUAGAGUCUGACAGUGAUCCCAGUUUUGCUGCACAGCAACAGUUUCUGAGUUCUGGCACCCUGUCUUCGCUCACGGAUAGUGAGGACACAUUGCAGUUAGACAUUGCGUGUCCUAGUCAAAGGCACACACAUGCUGCAGCCAAGACUAGUCGAGCCGAGUCUGUCAACCAUGCUACUACUGCCACUAGUACUGCACCAUCGACCCGGCGGCCAUCCAAGGCUGCACUAGUGGCAGGCAGGUGUGGCACACGCAGUGCGACGGGCAUGCCACAGAAACCCAGUCGCAAACCGGGCACAUUUCAACCCGUCAAACCGCGUAGCUCAUCAUCAGCCACUGGACGACAGGGAAGACAGCAAGGUGUUUCUGGUUCUCAACCAACUCCAGAGUCGGUGGCGGUGGCAACGGAGGAUCUAAGUGCAUGGGAUACAUGGCUGUUAAAGAAAGCAAAGCAAGAGCGCGAUUGCACUGCUGCUCAACUACAACACGAGCGAGUUGCUCAACAGAGAGUGGAAACAGAGCGACAGGCCAUGAGUCGCCAACAUGAGAAGGCAGAGACGGCAUGGCAAGAAUGGUGCUCAAGCAAGGCAAGACAAGACCAGGCUAAACAAGAGCGAGAUGAACAGCUUCACUUGGAGGCACUCCGACGGAAGGACAAGAAUAAGCGACAAACUGAGCUAAGGGCUGAACAAGCGUUCCGUGCUUGGCUGGAGGAUAAGCAACGGGAGAGCACGGUGCAGGUCAUUCACGAGCAGCAGAAGCUAAGAGAAAAGGAAGUCGUUACGGCUGAGAAGCAGUUGCGAGCCACUCAAGCAUACAGAGCAUGGUGCGCCGAGGCGGAUCAUCGACUUAGCAGAGAACGUCGUCGCGAAAUGUUCGAUGUCCUGAGAGCACCCAUGUCGCCGACGUAUUGUAAUCCAGUACCAUGGCAACCAGUUGUGGUCGACAAGAAGAAGCCACGACGACGGAAAUAAGAUGGCGACCAGGUGCUCGCUUAGCGUUUCGUUGAUCAAACGACAUUCUUGAGUAUUUUUAAACGUCAUUAUCAUCUAUACAAACUCUUCUUUUAUGACAUUCUGUGUCUGUGAUAGCUGUCUCUGUUGUUGUAUUUCAGGACGCCUGCUGCAAAACCAAUGAUUGAGAUUGAUUAGCUAUUUCACCAUGUCAUGUU